GCUCGGUAAAAAUCUUCAAUAAGGGAGGGGUCUGCGAUGUAAGACAACGGUACCCAGGACCUAACCCCAGGUCCAUAGCCAUCCCAGUCAACAAGGACCCUAGGAGAAGGAGGACAGGGAGCUGCUAGCUACUGGCUUGAUCUGGGAGACGUGAAAGACAGGGUCCACUGCAGAUCACUUGGCAGGACAUCAUGGUGGGUGUCGAGAGUGGUCUUCUCAUGUUUCCAAUAAACAUUCUCAUCAUUACCAUUUUCCGAAGCAUCAGACCUCGCAUCAUUUCCAAGCCUCAUAAAAGCAGCUCGGAGGAAACCUUGAAACCCCUGUUGGUUACCAUACCAACGAUUCUCAAGGAAACGGAGGAGGUCAUUUUUCUAGUGAGGAGGAGUCAACGCAACAAAAUGGAAAAAAUGCACAGUUUGGAGUCUCUCACUGAUCUCUGCCCAGCCUUGAACAGAGUGCAUGAAUUAAUCCAUGUUAUGCAAGGUGAAGCUGAGAGUGACUUUCACUGGGUUUACUGCAGCAAGUUUCUCUUGGCUGCUCUUUCUCGCCUCCUCGUGUGCCUGGAGCGCUUGGACGGAAAGAACUUCCUGAGUCCACAGGAACACAUACAAACUCUGGACAUCACCAACUUGCUGGUUCGCAAGGCUGACAUGGUCUUCAGCAGUCACUUGGCAUACUGCCCGCUUCCUGUAAAGAAGAAGACGAGACCAGUGGGGUGUUGGCUCCCCUGGUGGUGUGUGUUCCUUGGGUGGUUCCUGUUACUUUCCCUCAGCGGCGUGUCUACUUUCUUCACCUUACUCUAUGGAUUUUACUACGGCAGAGCAAAGUCCAUCAAGUGGAUCAUGUCUCUGGGCCUCUCCCUCUUUCAGAGCAUCUUUAUAUUGCAGCCUCUCAAGGUGAUCGGAGUUGCUGUCUUUUUCGCCCUGUUGCUCAAACCUGUGGCAGUGGAGGAAAGUGAAGAAAUUGAACAAGUGUUGUUAGAACAACAAGACAAGUGCAGGCGUUAUUCUGGCAGAGAUUCGCUCUGAGAGGACUGAAAAACACUCACAAGCUUCUUUUUGAAACAGUUAUGUUUUUUAGAGAGAAUACUAAAAUGACAAAAACAUAGAAAAAUAGAAUA